GCCAUGGAUUUCAUUUCCUUUCUGAAUUAAAAAAGUUCACUGAAGAGAAUGAGACCUUUUGUCUAGAGACUGAAUGGAUAAGACUUGGCCCUCCCAGGGACCACAGGGACUCAGUCACACCUGGAACAUUCAGUUUCCCCACAACCACGAUGGACCCAGGGACCCAGCGGGAAAAUUCAGUAGUCAUGCCUGGUGACACCCCGUCUCUGCACAGUUCCCCCGGUACUGGGCCCCGCCACCCUGGGACUGGGCCCCGCUAUCCCGGUACUGGGCCCCGCCACCCUGGGACUGGGCACCGCUACUCUGGGAAUGGGGACAGCUACACCUGGUCUCUGCCCCCUGGAGUCCACAGCCAGAGACUCUUCCACUUCACUGACAAAGUCAACAAUCUGCACAAGAAUCUCAAGCAACAUGCAGCCAACGACACCAUCCAGGGGAUCAUGCAGGAGGUGGAUGAGCUUCUGGAGACCCCUGGGGACCUGGAGACGCUGACCUCCUCACAAAAGCACUGCGUGGCCACUCACCUGCUGACAGAACUGGAGAGGGCCCUGAGACACCUGAGCAGUGAUCUGCCUGAGGGGACAGCAACCUUCAAUUAUUCUGCAGGCACACAACUGGCCCUGGAGGUGCAGAAGCAAGGAAUUUGCAAUGUCACCUUGAGUCUGAAUCAGGCAAAGAUGCAGCUGAACUGGAAUCUGGCACAGGAAUCUUGUUACACAGGCCCUUCUGUGGUGGGCUUGGUCUCCACCCCAGGGAUGGACAAGCUGCUGGCCGAGGCUCCCCUGGUCCUGGAGCCUGAGAAGCAGGUGGCUCCCCAUGGGACACACGAGGACUCGCUGCCGAGAGUCUCGUCUGUCCUGCUCUCAGAUGUUGUCUCAGUCUUUUUGAGCAGCAAUGACACCCAGAACCUCAGCUCAUCAGUUACCUUCACCUUCUCCCAUCCUCCAGUGACACCUGCACCAAGGCAUGAGCUGCUCUGUGUCUUCUGGGACCACAGCCAGAAUGGGAGUCACUGGACCACUGCAGGCUGCAGGACAGUGAGCACCGGAGGUGGCAGCACCACCUGCCACUGUACCCACCUCAGCAGCUUUGCUGUCCUCAUGGCCCACUACCACGUGCAGGAUGACGACCCCGUGCUGAGCAUCAUCACCUGCGUGGGGCUGGGCAUAUCGCUGCCCUGCCUGGUCCUGGCGGCCCUCACCUUCCUCCUGUGCAGAGCCAUCCAGCUCAUGAGGAGGCUCAUGUUCCCUGUGGGCUACGGGGUCCCGGCUACCAUCGUGGCCGUGUCUGCAGCAGCCAGACCUCACCUGUAUGGCACCCCUGCUCGGUGCUGGCUCAAUGCAGAACAGGGGUUUGUGUGGGGCUUCCUUGGACCGGCCUGUGCUAUCUCUUGUGUCAAUUUGGUUUUCUUCCUGAUGACCCUCUGGAUUUUGAAGAGCAAGUUGUCCUCCAUCAACAGAGAUGUGUCCACCCUGCAGAACACGAGGAUGCUGACAUUUAAAGCAAUGGCUCAUCUCUUCAUCUUGGGCUGCACCUGGUGUCUAGGUGUCCUACAGGUUGGCCCCAUGGCCUCCUUCAUGGCCUACCUCUUCACCAUCGUCAACAGCCUGCAGGGCGUCUUCAUCUUCCUGGUGUACUGCCUCCUCAGCCAACAGGUCCGGGAGCAGUACAGGACAUGGCUCAAGAGGAUCAGGAAACGGACAACUGAACCCGAGUCCUACACUCUGUCUAGCAAGGCUGUGUCCGAUGCCUCCUGACCCAGCACGACUGAUUAGAAAGAUCAUGGGAGCUACAUCAUCCUUCCCCAUGGAAAAUCUGAACCGCCAUUUUUUAAUCAUUAGGACAGGACAAAGACUCUUGUGCUGUGUGUUUCAAGAUAUUCAUGGUGUUGGCCACGUGAAGGGAUUCUUGGAGGACAUGAUCGACAUUCAAUACCUGCAGAACCUGAAAUCUGUCCAUGCCCGACAUGGUGCUGGGCAAACUCAACAUCCAGAUGCCAUCCGCAGCCCAAUUCCUCAGUUUCUCUGUUAAACGUUCUUCUACUGCCCACCCUACCUAUGAGGCCUCUUCCAUGCAAAAAUUCUAGAA